AUGGCGUCCUUGUUCACCGCGACGCUACAUCCUGGUCUGGGGCUCGGUCCCUUUGUGCUCGGUGCCUCACUGCAUGACAUCCUGACCCGACUGAAAGCCGAGCCUCAACGUUUCCCGAAGCUCAACUUGAUGCAUAAUCCACAACAGCCUGUCACCGAACCUGUCGUGCUCGAAUUGCCCGCCAACGGAAUCAGACUUCGCUUCGACGGCUCCGAGCAGCGCCUGCGACUGAUCGAAGUGAUCGACUUUACCAAGAAUCGGAUUACUUAUGGGCACCCCGAGAAGGAUAUAGUCAAGCCUCCUACAGAUCAGGGCGUCGCCUCUCCGAGGCUGGGCGGCGGCGGCGGCGAGUCAACUACUGGCCCAAAUUUUAGGACGAUUUAUCAUAGGCUGAUGGGUCCGACAUAUGCUGGCGAAUAUAUACCACCAAGUGAUGACUCGAGCCAGAUGGGAACAUAUAUCUUGUCAUAUCCCGGAGUCGCUUUCAGCUUCCCACUUCCCGUCUCGGGAUACUCGCCUGACAAGGACGUGGUCUCCCUCUUGGCAUCCACGCAGAGCCAAACAGCCAGUUCUAUGGCCAUCUUCAACGGCAAGUCAUGGGCGGAGGCCAGAGACGCGCUCUGGACCGAGGUGCUCCCGAGCAUCAACUCGACUUAUUUGUUCAACAAGAGUAAAGACGUCGUCCCCGAUGAGAUUUCUCUUGUCAAGAUCCACGGAGGUGGCAAGCUACAGUUGUUCAAGAAAUGGACGCCCUCUUCCGUGUGGAUAACUCUGGGAGAGACGACGCCUCAGGAUCUUGUUGGAGAAUUAGGGCCUCCCGACGCCAUUUAUCGCAAGAGUGAUCAGAGGAUGUAUAUCCACAAGGAUCGGACGGCAAGCCACAGCAGGUCCAGGUCGACUGGUCGGGAGUAUAAACGUGGCGAUGAUUUGACUGACACGGACCAGUCAUCAGUGCACACGGGCUCCGAUGAGACGGACGAGGACACCCUGGAAGACGAAUUUGUCGGAAAUGUCUCGAAAGAGUGCUUCUAUAACUACUUUUACUUGGGCUUUGACAUUCUUAUUUCUCCUCCUGUUACACCCUCGCCAGCACCUCCAUCGCAAGAAACUAGUAUGAACAACGAGUCAUAUCCCAACGACAAGGGAGUGCGGACAGAAAGCCCCGAUCGACUUGUCGCCUCCAAAGUCAUAUUGCAUGCCAAUAUCCCUGGAUCAUAUCCCUUCAAUCGGCACAGAAGAUGCCGCUGGGAGAUUGCAUACCUGUCUACACUAUCGUCAGAUGCACCCUCGGCGGACUCGGAGACCAAAUUCAACGAUCUUGAAGAGCGUCUGCGAGAAGAGUGGAAGAGCACGUACCCGUCGGAUUCAGAAGCACACAAACGUCAGCGGGGCAUGGUGCUCAACCGAGGCUGGGGCGAUAGUACCGGCUCAAGCUGCGAGCUCCUAGGCGGUUGGGAGGACAGUAGCGGAGGCGUUGCAGCGAGAAAGUUCGACGGCAACGAGGAUUCAACCACUACGCUCUAUGGAUUUCCAGGUCUGGUGUUCGAGGUACUGAAGAAUGGGUAUGUGAGCGCUGUGACUGUUUUCUGA